CGGAGGGAGGGGGCAGAACAGAAGGCGAGAGGGGCGAGAGGUUGCGAGAAAAGGGGAGAAUGGCGUCCGUAUCGUCGCAGCAGAUGAAAAGUGUUGUUGUAGGUUUGGGGAGAAGUAACAACACGAAAAUUGUCGGCUUCCUAUCUUGUGUCUUGGACCAUCUCCACUUCAAGGGUAACUCGGCUAGUGUCAUCUGCGAGCUGGCCAAUAAUGUCUUCAGUAUUUCGCCUGCUAAUGACAGUCACCAUGGGCAUCAUAACCUCUCACAGACCGAAACAGUGUCACCCGAACUAGUCUUAAGCGACGGGCAUACCGUGGGUCCUGUCAUACUAGAGCAUGCAUCUCAUUGUCCAGUGAGGCAUUUGUCCGAACAAGAUCGCUCAAGCCUAGCCGAUUCUCCUGUAGCUGAUAAGAGUGUUGCAGUAGCUGUUGCUGUCCUUUUAGAAUCAUCUGAUGGCAAGGUCUUGAUGACUCAGAGAGCUCAGCACAUGCGCUCGUUCCCCAGAGCAUGGGUUCCCCCAGGCGGUCACCUUGAGAAGGAUGAAUCAUUGUUUACCUGUGGGUUGAGAGAAUUACAGGAAGAGACUGGAUUAAGCUUUAAACCUGAACAUGUAAACAUGAGUAUAUUAUGUCUAUGGGAAUCUGUGUAUCCUAUGAUGUUACCAUUUGGUCUUCCCCGAAGCCACCAUAUUGUAGUUUAUUUGUAUGCUAGAGCACCCUUCACAUCAGAUGAACUGGCAUCCAAGAUCAAGUUGGACCCUGAAGAAGUGAUGGCAUACUCCUGGUAUACACCUGAAACAGUUUCAAAAUUGAGGAGAGGGGAGCAAGAUUCUCUUAAUGUGUUCAUUCUUGAAGAUGCAACCUCAGGAAAACUAAAAACAGAAACUCAAGAAUUAAGUUCCAUGUUCAGAGGUGGAUUACUGUGGGCAAGUGGAGAAACUUUCAGUGGAACACAGGCAGCUCUUACUCGCUGGAGCCUUUUAAAAAGUAAUGCUAUUGUUAGUAAAAUAUAAUUAAAAUAGUUAAACAAAUAUUCCAUUGGAACUUGGGUUUAUUGGGUCAUAGCAAGGAUGUAAAUAAAACAUUCGAAUGAAUGUCAUACACAUGAAAUACUGUAUCGGAGUACUUAGUAGUAUAUGUAUAAAACUGUCUUUAACUACAAAUAAUAAAUCAAAAACAUUUUAAAAAACUAAAAAAAAUACAGGAUAUAUGUGAUGAUUGUUUUGGAAAUGGUUUCCUCAGAACUAUUAAAGACUGAUUCAUAUAUACACAUUUUUUGUUUUCUUGGCACAUCAAACACAUAAUAGGAUUGUCAAGCAAAGCAGUCAGACGAACAUUAAGUACUUCCCUUAUGUGUAAGAAGAAAUACAAUAUUGGACCAAAAGAAACCCGAAUGUAAUGUAUACUGCAAAAUCAGUUAUAAGUAAUGGAAUGAAUCAGUUGAAAAGUCCUACGGAAUAGUUCCCAAAUACUAAUGUUUGGCAGAUUUUAUGAAUGGCCAAUAAAAUAAGUUAUUAAAACUAAGCAUAAAUUACGAUUACACAAAAAUUUACAAAGAAGCAUUUUAAAACAUGCAUUAUCAGGACUAGGUCUGUAUAACACAGGCUGGAAAACAUGUAAACCAUAUCAGCAAUACCAAAGCAUAUAGAGUAAAAAUUAUCUGAGUACCCACUACAGCAAGAUGGUCUUUUCUCUUAAAAAUUUAAGUAACACAUGAUACAACCUCUCCUACUUUGUAGUUUUCAAUGGCAAAAGUUUUACAAAAUCCCAAUAUAAAAAGUGCAAAGCUCUGUUAAAUCACAGGAAAAUGAACAUGAG